AUGUCGGCUCAGCAGGCCAACAUAUCGAUGGCGCGCACGCGAUCGUUACGCGUCCCUGCCAAAGCAGCACUGACCGCCCCCCAGCCAGCACUGUCUACGACCUCCGCGGCCCAGGUCCCUUGCUGUACUUCCAAUGUCCUGCUAUUCCUCACAAAUCUUCGCCUCCUAGACCUUGACAAAGAAUCCGAUUGGCCUGCCAUCACUCCUGCUACCUUGUCUGCAAGAGAUGCUGCUGGUGGGCAAAAGAGGCGGAUUCAAUGUGUUGAAUGGGCGCUGUACCAGCUCUUCCUUCUGUGGGACUAUCAUGAGGCUCAAAACAAACUCCGUCCUUUCUACCCACCCCUCGACCAAGUCCAGUCGAUUAACCUCCGCGCAGCCCUCCUUCGAGGCCUCGAGCAAGCCAAGAAGAACGGAGUCCUCGGUCGCGAUGCUGUCAUACGCAAAACAAUGUUGGACGAAUGCAAGGGCGAACGAUUGGAGGAGGUUCUCGCUGUCUUCUCUUCGGCAGUCCUGAAGAGGCUGGUGGCUGAGCGAGCACCUAAUUCUGGCCCCGAGUACCGGCCUGCAAUCUCGGAAAGCGUGGCCUUGGAGAACUGGGGCUACUCUGGCGAUCGGACCGAGCUCAAUGCUCUACUACUCGCGCAUAAAGCCUCAUUGCGAUCUUUGCUGGAAAAGAAGAGUGCAGCACGAGAGCGAUACCGCGACUUCGAAGAAUUGCUUGCAUUGAAAGAGCGAGGGAUUUCGCGAAGGAGAGAACAAGCGAAACCCUCGGCGGGACAUCAAGAUGUUGAAGCGUCGGAUGAAAUUAAAGCAGAGGUUCGGAGAAUACUGAGAAAUAACUGGACCGGUAACGAACAGUGGAUCGACAGCAUCUUGUUCAACGACACUCAGCCACGGAAAGGGGGUCUUCUGGGCAGUCGCUUUGACGAAGUAUGGUCAGGUGUACAGGCUGGAAGGAUAUCAGACCUCGAAGAUCAGAGUGCUGGUCUCUUAGAGCAGCUCGACGAUCGCGUCCGUCUCCAGAAACGAAGGCUCGAGAAGUGGGAUGACUUUCGCAAGAAGACCUUCCGGAAUCUCCAAUCGCCGCAACAUGACGACAAGAGGACAGAGAAGAAACCCAAGGGACUCGAUUUGGGGCUCAAUGGACAUCUUGAGUUGAACCUGGACCAAUCAGGGACCCAAGAGGCUCCCAGUCUCGAUGCUCCACCUCCUGAGUAUGCGCGAAUACUCCAGGGGAUGAAGACAGAGCUCGGUGGUAUUGCCAAGAUACCUCUUCCGAACUUUUCGAACUUGCUUGGUGGCAUCAAGCGAGUACCCAGGAUUGACGCUUCUCAAUACCUCACCAAGCCAGAGCCUGUUGUAGAGCCAGUCUCCGACCUAGGCGAAUGGGAAGACGAGCCUGAGGUAGUUCAGCCCCCGAAACCUGCGGAGCCUUCGACAAGACACCACAAACGCCAAAUCAGCAUCUCUGGUGGGCGUGGCUUGUCCCAAAGGCAAAUACCGAAAGCGCCGGUCCCUGAGGAUCAUCGUAGGGAUAGCAAGGACCCAAUUCCAAGUACGACUCGGUCCUUGGAGCGGCCGAAACGUCGAGUACCAUCUCCACCCACGACACAGGAGCUUCAGAAUGGGCCAAAGGAGCCCAUAGAGCCCAUUGUUGCCACCCCGAACUUUUCACAUGAUGAGGUCAAACCACAUGGUGACUCACCUCAUGACCCUUCCCCUGGUCGACUUGCACCUCGGGAAAACAUAGCGGAAGAUGCUAUACCUCCGCCUCCUCGUCCGUCGUCAGCGACUCAAAUUCUCGCAGACGAAAUAUUGGCCUCGAUGAGCAACGCAUCACCAUCGCCGGUGAAGAGAUCACGUCACACUCUGUCACUGGCCGAGAGGACUCGCAUGUCUAUGACAAGAAUGAGUUCCUUCGACGCAGAUGAUGUGACUCCACAACUUUCAUCGUCGAAGACCAGCCCCAUCAAGGCCAGCGGAACAAUCACUGUGAAUGAUAUCCCUGAACAGGGUGAGGAAUAUGAGGACUUGGUUGCUCGUACUCGCCGAUCUAUGGCCGGCUUUGAGGCAGCACGGCAGAAGGCGCAGCUAGAUCGAAAAAGGUCGCAGAGGAAGAGCAAAGUGGUGCAGAGGAAGGACAGUUACUUCCCCACCCUGGACGAGGAAAAUGUCGGCGAUGCAUCGGUUGCUGAGGAGCUGAUGGAGGCUAGCCAUGAGGACUACGAGGCUAUCUUUAAGAGCAGACCACGCAUCGCCACGAGCCCGUCGCCCAGUCCAAGCAAGCUGGGGCAUGAAUGA